AUUACCAGCGUUGCCUUCCAGAACUUACCCGCCCCUCCAAGUUGUCCGUCUGUUACGCCGUCCAACAUUGCUCGCACCCUAGGCAUCUACAUCUAAUCUAUCUCUACAUCGUGUUAUCGUUGUUCCUUGUGAAAUCCGCUGCUAACUGCCGCAUCAUCGCAAAUGCCAAUUUGUUAAACCAUUCGUUCAUCUAGGCCAACUAGAGAGACCACCAGGUUUGAUGAUGCCGGUGCCCUCCUUACUCUAGCCGCGCUCCCUCCAUCGUCCACUACUUGACUCGGUCCGUUGGGCUCGCCCAUUCUAGCCGUCGCGAUGGCCGAGGAAGAGACGUCGCCGUUGCUCGCAACCGCAAUGAAAGGCAAGACGGUCCCGAUACAACGCUCCGGUUCUAGCGAAUCGACGCCUCUCCUCUCGGAGUCUUCCGCUACACCACCUUAUGACGGGGAACCGGAUGAGCGCGACGAGGACGCUGCCGAUUUUACCCAAUCCCGCUCCGCCAACACAUAUCCGUCUACUUCGACUAAAAGAACGAGAAGAUGGCCUUCCUUCAUCGCGAUGGCGGUCCUUGCUGGGCUUGCCGUGGCUAUUAUUAUUCUCGCCUUUAUCGUCCCUGACGCAGUCCAGGAAUAUGCUCGGCAAGCUGCCGUCAUCGAGCCGACCAACCUUGCCCUCGAAUCGAUUACGACGAGUGGCGUUCGCGCCCGUAUACAAGCAAACUUCCACCUCGACGGGUCUAGAGUUAGCAACAAUCAUGUGAGAAGAGUAGGGAGGGUUUCUACGUGGGUGGCAUACCAGCUCCAGAGCGGCCAGACCCAGGUCAACGUGCGUCUUCCUGAUUACGAUAACAUAUUACUCGGAAGUGCGGUUAUCCCGCCUCUAGUGGUAAAUUUGCGGGAUGGUGACGUGACGAGGUUCGACUUCAUCACGGAGAUAACACCUGGACCCGUAGAGGGAAUUCGAACGAUUGCGAACGAAUGGUUAGAGGGAAGACUGGAAAAACUUCGUCUAAAUGGAGUAGCUGAUCUCAACAUGAAAUCCGGCAUAAUCCCCCUGGGGAUCCACACCAUCACCGAAUCUCUCGUAUUUGAAGCGAACAAGACUCCAGCUAUCCCGCAGUAUAAUAUCACCCGUUUCAACGUGGUGGAUGGACCAAUGAAUGGAUCCAUGUUAGCCGACGUAUCACUGUCGGCGUUUAACGAGUUCCCGGUCCAGCUCGACAUACCCGAACUAGCCUUCGAUAUUCUUGUAUCCGGUUGUGCUACGACUGAUCCGUUUAUCUUGGUGGCGGAAGCGGCCACGAGUGGCGUCCACGUCAAGCCACGGUCCGACGUUGGAGCCGAAGUCAAAGCAGUUAUCCACGAAUUGCCCGAGUCUUUGACUCGCGUCUGCCCUGAUUCUACGUCUUCACCGCUGGAUAUCCUGCUUGGACAGUUUAUGCAUGGCGACCCCGCCUCCUUAUUCGUUCGUGGGAGCCGUCACCCCGAUGGUGACACGCCAAAGUGGAUAGCAGAUAUCCUGUCUAGCGUUACCGUUCCAGUCCCAUUCCCUGGCCGGACCUUAGACGGCCUGAUCCGUAACUUUUCUUUAACCAAUGUUCACUUCACCUUGCCUGAUCCUUUUGCCGAGCCUGGCGACCCGGAAGCCAACCCCACUGUGUCGGGCAACAUCUUAGUCACUGCAGGCCUGCCUUCGGAGAUGAAUUUCGGUAUUGACGUGACGGCUGUCCGUGCCACGGCAGACGUGAUGUAUAAAUCUGAUAAGUUGGGCGAGCUCAACUUGCGGGAAUGGCAGCGCGCCAAUUCGACUAGGUUGGAGGGUGAAGGAGAUGGCGGAGCUUCUCUCAUGAUCGAAUCCCGAAUCGUCGAUGCGCCCCUCAACAUAACGAGCGACACGGUGUUCAGCGAAGUUGUCCAGGCGUUAUUUUUCGGCCGCAAAACGGUCCAACUCGAUGUCAAUGCCCUGGUCGACAUCCAAGUGCAUACCACACUGGGAAAUCUUACCAUAAAGGAGGUUCCUGCGGAGGGCAAAAUCCCAGUAAAACCACUUGCCCGAGGCGCUCUUGACGAUAUCGACCCCAGGGUCGGAUCCCUCAGGGUUCUAGACACGACAUCAGACUCGAUAACUCUGCGAGCAUUGGUGAAUAUAACCAACCCAACGCCUUACACGGCCCACAUACCGUACGCCGACAUCCACGUAUUGAAAAAUGGGUCUAUUCUGGGAAGUGCCUCUAUCGAGAGCUUGGAUCUCGCCAAGGGCCCGAACUUCAACGUGCCGGUUACUGCAAGAUGGAAUCCAUCGAUGGGCGGUUCUCGGGGCCGACAAGUUGGACGGGAUAUCAUUUCACAGUAUCUGUCUGGGUGGAAUACGAGCAUUACCGUCAAGGGCCACCAAGAUAGCAUUCCGGGACAGCCCAUUCUCUCUAGAGCUCUUUCGCGGUUUAACGUCACACUCGCCGCCCCGAAGUUGGAUCUCCCCGGAGACGCUACCGGCGAGAAGCCUCGCUUUAUCAGGGACGCGACUUUCCACUUCUUCUCUUCUACAGCUACAUUUGCUCUUGUAUCACCGUUGCGUUACAACACGUUAUAUAUAGAUUUCGUCAACGCCACAGCGCUUUACAACCACACAAAUCCGGUGGGUCAGAUUUUGUACGACUUGCCAUUUUCGGCGCCACCUGGAACAUCACUGACGCCGAGGCUGCCUGUUACGUGGUCGCUCGAUACCGUCGGCUACGAUGCUAUCAAGAAAGCCAUUGGCGGCGAUUUAAAAAUAGAUGCCUAUGCUGACGUGGACCUGCGAUUGGGGAAUUGGCAAGAGUCUAUUUGGUACGAGGGUAAAGGGAUCAAAGCCGGCGUACAGCUAUGAUAGAUAUAUCGGUAUGGCCAGGCGUGGGGCGGGCGUUACCAGGGAUCAGUUGACCUCUCAAUAGUUGAAUUUCAGUGUAUAACGGUACGGGUGAAAGAAUGAAAGACAUAGGCAUAACAUCUUAGAAAGGGAUACGCACUCACCGUUAGCGGAGGCCGGAUUGUGGUUUGGCAAGGAGUAGCGAGGUGGCUCCCCUUUGCGAGACAUGUCGCUUUGGUAUAGAAAGGAGAGACACGCGAUCUUGUGGUUAUCCGCAGACUGUGCUAUUGUCGCGAACCCAAGGUGCCUACCUGCGUACCUGUACCUAAGUACCUGCCUGAUAUUUCUUGUAGGAGACUCUAAAGCUAAGGUUGUUUAGUGACUAGCAUAGGUACAUAGUGCCCUUUAUGAUAUAAAUUCAUACCGUUCGCUCACCGCCUACCUAGGAGG